AUGACCUUGUUCCCCACCAAGUUUGAAAAUGGGAAGAUUGAGUACAAGAUAAGGUACAAGGGGAGAUCAAGGCCAUUCUCUAGAGCCAAGGCCUUGGUGACUUCAGAACAGUCCAGGGACCCAACCAAGCUAAAGGAGCUUCUGUCUCAAGUCCUCACUAUCACCCUUGAUGGUGACAAGGAAGCCAGCUCGACCGACAGCUCGAUCGAGCUAGAAACAGGGCAACUCGAUCGAGUUCCACAACUCGACCAAGGACCAACUUUAAGAAGCAACAAGUUUAAGAUGUUGAGAGGUGAAGGAAGCAAGGCAGCUUCACAAAGGAGGAGAUAA